AUGAAAAGUUAUAUAAGGUGUCCGCCGACGAGUAAAAAGAUGUAUUACUACGUGUUCCAACUUUUCGUACUGGGUAAUGUUUUAAUCUACGAUGUAUCGGGACAUGGAAGGUUGAUCGAACCUCCGUCUAGAGCCUCCAUGUGGAGAUACGGGUUUGACAAUCCACCUGAUUACGACGAUAACCAGGGGUAUUGUGGCGGUUAUAGCAUACAAUGGGGCGUGAACAACGGAAAAUGCGGAGUGUGUGGAGAUGCGUGGAAUUUACAAGAGCCUCGACCACAUGAAACGGGUGGUAAAUACGGUAAUGGGAUAAUAGUGAAGAAAUAUCGCGCCGGUUCUAUCGUCCCGAUAAAAGUACAAAUAACGGCGUUCCACAAAGGAUACUUUGAGUUUCGGGUGUGUCCGGUGAAACAACGCGGUAUCGAAGUGACGGCCGAAUGUUUGAAUCAAAAUAUUCUGAUUGGGGCAGACGGGAAGUCCAGGUAUUACCCGCAAUCUGGACCAGGCCUUGUUGAGGUCAACUACAGACUACCUGCUCGCAUGACCUGUGAGCAGUGCGUAUUCCAAUGGAGAUACGUAGCCGGAAAUAACUGGGGCGAUUGUGGCGAUGGAACAGGGGCUCUCGGCUGUGGUCCGCAGGAAGAAUAUAGGGCUUGUGCAGAUAUUACAAUUAGUAAGACUUAAUGUUUCUGGG